CAUUCAGUAUUUAUUUUCCGUUUUGUGAAGACGUUCGGAUUUCGAUUAUUAUAAUUAAGUAUGAUUGAAUACAAUUUAAAAUUACUGUUCAUGUGAAGUGUUUUCUGUAUGAUCAUCGACGCACAUAAGUCCUGGCUGCCGGAACAUCAAUUGUUUUAUUAUAAUAUAGCCUGGAUUUUGUAUGCAAAAACAAGUAUGUCUCCAUAAAAACGUAUCAAACAAUGAAAUGUUUGGUAGGUUUCCAGAAAUUUACUACAACUGAUUUAAAGAAACCAUGGAGAAAGAAUCCUGAUAUAGUAUAAUAUAUUUGACCACGAGGCGUAUGUUCUAAGCGCGUAUAGGUAUUAUAAAGUAAAAAUGGUGCAAAGAUUCACCGUCGAAGUACCACAGAGCGCUAAAAAAGAAGACAAAUUUGUCAGCUUAGUUGGAGAAUUCGGAAGAUGGCAGUUUUUAAUUUUCAGCACCAUAUCUUUGGUGAAAUUCUCAUCGGGCACCGUCCAAAUGGCUAUACUCUUCUUGACCCCUAACUUGGUCUUCUGGUGUGAGAAGUUCGCAAAUAAUUCUAGAAUAGUUCAGAAUAACACUUGUUACAAGGAUUGCGUAAAAUACAGUUAUGACACUAGCCCGUUUGAGGAGACUAUCGUAUCGGAAUGGGACCUGGUCUGUGAGAGGAGAUGGCUGGCGAGCUUCACACAGAUGCUUCUACAAUUUGGCAUCUUAAUUGGCAGUAUCAUAUUUGGAUUCUUUUCUGAUAGAUACGGUCGCAAAGUCACCUUCUUGAUAGCGAUUGCUGCAAUGAUUUUAAUCGGUUUCGGGAUCCCAUUCGCGCCUGGAUACACAACCUUCACUGUACUAAGAUUCCUUCUGGGAGUCGCUACAGCUGGGACCAUGGUCGUAUCUUUCGUAAUCAUUAUGGAGUCGAUAGGCAAUAAGUACAGAGAGGUCGUGGGCUGCUUAUUUCAAAUACCUUUCAUUAUAGGACACAUAUCAGUACCCCUCUUCGCGUAUUACUUCCGAAGAUGGAACUCCUACACACUCGCGCUUGCAGUACCUCCUCUCAUAUACCUGGGUUAUUUCUUUCUGCUUUCUGAAUCUCCGAGGUGGCUGGUCAGCGUAGGAAAAGUAGAAGAGGCCACGAGAAUCGUUAAGAAGGCCGCUCUGAUAAACAAUCUGCCAACGGCGAAAAUAGAGGACACACUAAAAAAGCUUGCCGAAGAAAUCACCUCGAGCGAAGUCCAAAAGCCAAAUUACUCUGAUUUGUUUCGGAAGCCGUUGCUGGUGCAGUCGGUGUCCUGCUGUGCUAUCUGGCUCGUCACGGGGGUCACGUUCUUCGGGUUCAACCAGUACAUCAGCCAGUCAAGUCCAGACCCCUUUGUUAGCGUCGCAGCCGCUGGUGCUAUUCAGAUACCGUCCAACUUAAUUUCAAUUUGGCUGAUCCGAAAACUAGGACGUAAAGUCACAACAACUAUGUUCUCGGCCUUGGGAGGUCUCUGCAUCAUCACCCUAGGAUGUGUCCCUGAUAUUUUCUGGCUGACCUUGACCCUGGGAACGUUGGGAGUCAGCUGCACUGCCAUUAUCGCGGCCACAAUCUAUAUUUACACUUCAGAAUUAUAUCCUACAGUCGUUAGGAACAUGGCCUUGGGAGCUUGUUCCACCUCCAUGAGGGUAGGGUCGAUGUUGGCACCGUUCGUAUCGAAUCUAUCAGUGACUGCGCCGUGGCUGCCGACCCUCGUCUUUGGCGUGGCACCCCUUUGUUCAGCGUUGGUUUGUCUGUUGCUGCCGGAGACGAAGGGGAAGACAUUACUGAAUAGUUUAAGGGAAGUAAACAAUGGAAGAUGAUGUGAGGAGUCGCGGAUGAUGCAGGGACUACGCAUGUCCGUGUUAACGCGUGAAAUAACGCCCAAAACACGUCAUUUCGGAUCCUCCCGAUCCACUAACGGUGCUUUUAGGUACCUCAAGCACCGGUCAUCGUUUUCGUCGAGCCCUUCGUCGCAAGCGACGGGUUCGACGAGAACGAUGACCGGUAAAUCAACCCACAGGCAUAGCUCACUGAGUUUCUCGCCGGAUCUUCUCAGUGGGUCGCGUUUCCCAUCCGGUGGUAGAUUCUGCGAAGCACGACUCUUGCUAGGGUUCGUGUUAGCAACGUCGUCAGAUUUGAGCCCCGUGAGCUUACCUACUAGUUAAGGUUACGCUGAAAUAGCCUCUCAAGGCUAUCAGCUAGGUAGGAAAAAAAAUGAAAUAACAAUGGAACCAACCGAGUACGCAAUGGUGGACCGUAAUAAAAUAAUUAUUGAAAAAUAAUACAAUCAAAUUUGUUUUUAAUAAUUUAAUUUCUUAAUCAUAUUUACAUAAUACUAUUCAUUCAUUCAUAAUUCAACUAAUAAUUAAAAAUCCAUUUAUUUUCAAUGUUGUCCCAAAGAAAAUCAUGUAUGUGAUAAUUUUCAUAAUAUCUAAUAAAUGAAUAAAAAUAAUAAUAAUAUAAAAAUAAUAAUAAUAUAUAAUAAUACUUAUAUUUAAAAUAGUAAUAUUAAAUACAUAUUAGAGUACGGACUGCACAAUUUCAUAAAAUUAUGUUCAACCACAAUGUGUUCUGUGAUAAGUUAGUUUUUAAUAAAUAUUUGUAAAGUUUU